AUGACGGACGCGCAACACUUCUUCGACUACGCGCGGCGGCAGUUCAACGAGAUCGCAGACGAGGUAGAACACCACUUCGAUCUGGUCACCAACCAACUCCGAGAAUGGAUGCCCGCCGAUGUCCGCAUGUACCGUGCCGCCCCUGCGCCUCCCAAGAGACUACCGCCCCCGACAACCCUACAAGUCGUCCAGAGAUGGAUGAGCCGACAUAAAGCCCUAACCGCCGCCUGCCUUACCUUCCUCCUCACCGGCUCCGUCGGCGCGCUGGUAUACGUCAACAACAAGCAAUACCGGCGGAAGCGAAGGGCGAAGAAGUCGGCGAGCGGCGCGAGAACAGAUGUCGUGGUGAUUGCCGGUGCGGUGGCGAGCCCGUUGACGAAUGCGCUGUACAUGGAUUUGGAGAGGAGGGGCUUUGUGGUUUAUGUCGUUACCAAUACGCCUGAUCAAGAGCACUACAUCCGGACACAGAACAGAGUGGAUCUACUGCCCUUGCAGCUGAACCUCGUGGAUCCAUACGCGGCGCAGGAACAACUCGCGCGCUUCCACAGCCUCUUGGCCCGAGAGCACCUAGCAUUCGACGAAGCCGAGCCACACAAGCUGAACUUUGUCGGCAUGAUCAUCGUGCCUGAUACGCAAAGCACUCUCGCGCGAAUCGACGAGAUCAGCUCCGAGGAAUGGAGCGAUGCGCUCAAUGCCAAAGUGCUGAACACCAUCGCCACCACUCAACUCUUCCUACCCUCCAUCACAGAGCACAAGGCCAAGAUCCUCAUUCUCACACCUUCAGUUACUCCGUCACUCAAGCCUCCCGCGCACGGGAUUGAGAGUACUGUCUACGGCGCCCUUGAAGGCUUCACCGCCUCCCUCGCAGCAGAGCUGAAAGAGUCCGGCGUAUACCUAUCCCAUUUCAAACUGGGCAACAUCGACAUUCCUGCCAUAACCGCGCGUCAACACUGGCAGGGCUCCGCAGGAGCAAGGCUGAAGGCAACUCCUGUACGGCGAUUGCAGGACUCUGUCUUCGACGCCCUUGUCUCCCGGCGGCCAAGCCGGACCUGGCAUGUUGGACGCGGCAGUCUGGCGUAUGACUUUAUCGGGAAUUGGAUGCCGGCGAGCGCAGUAGCGUGGAUGAUGGGCGUGGUUCGGAAAUCGGCGCCCCCGGUCGUAGAAGACAUGCACGGGAGUGAGAUUGAGAGUCUUACUUGGGAAAAGAUUGACCAGGAGGGAGUAUGA